AUGGAAACACUAACCCCGAGGGGGGCGUUGCGUCUAUCGUUACAUGAUUUCAUUUGUGAAAAGACUGUCGAGAAGCUCAAAGAAUUUCAGAGUCCGGAGCUGGUGAUAAGCCCAGAAAAGCUCUGCGACUACUUUGUCGAAGCCCUGGAGCAAGCUCGGGACGAGGAAACAGAUAAUAAUGUGGAUGACCAGAACACGGACGCGGUAUCUACGCAUGAUAUAGCGAUCCGGCCUCCUCAAGUCAUACCUGAAUCUCCAGCAUCGCAAGGAGCUCAGGAGACUGCAACGGUUCAGUUACCACAAAGUCCCGCCGCUGACCGCCUGAGUGUUUGGAAGGAGUUCUUGCUGUGGGAGAAGCUGGUAUAUGAAAACGGUAUGUGA